CGCCCGCCCCCCUACAAGGAAGGGAGUUCUUUAUACACACUUUUGCUAAGUCGUGCCGCUAGGGGAGCUUCAGUCUCUUUGAAGCUUCCCGUGCGGUGAGGUCGCGGCCGUCGCCUACUCCUCGCCCCUUUUUCUCUUGGCGCCAAACAUUUUUAUUUUUUUUUCUAUUUUUUUAUUUCUUUUUACUUUCCCGCAUCACAUCUCAAUACCCGACAAACAAACAAACACGAUAGUGAAAUACAAACGUGAAAAAAGAAGAGAAACAAAACAAAUGUUUCUUUUUUUGAUGCAGGUGCAACGUGCAAGGGACCAUGUGCGUGUUACCCAGUGUCAAGUGAAACGAUUGGCCAUCGUGUAAAGGCACGUGUAAGUUUCACUGCGGAUCUAUUUUUGAACUGUGCCAAAGUUGAGCUCGUGGAACGAAUCGCAAUUCAUUCAAAAUAUUGCACGGACUAGAAAAAAAAAAGGACUAAAAAGGGAGAGAAAAACUCACAUUAAAAAAAAUGCCAGCAGCGGCAGCGAUCGGUCCCGAUGGGCAGAUUAUGCGACCAAGAAAAGGUCGACCGCCCAAAGGUGGCUACCCGUAUCCGUAUCCGGCGUCGACCGAUCCCGCCCGCACCAUUUACAUCGGCAAGAACAACGCCCGCCACUGGGCCGAUCUCAAACAACGACUCGGUUACAAUGGCGACGUCGAUUUCGUCUCUUUCCUAUUGCGACUAGCCGAAGAACGACUCAGCCAAGAAGAGCAGGUAUGCGAAAAGCCGAAACACCGCAAUCAAAUCAACGGCGGUGGUGGUGGACGGGUCGAUCAACUUCAACAGCCAGUACAGCAGCAUCAUCAUCAGAGGGCCGGCGGCAGUGGUGUGCCCUCUGGAGGCGAUGUCGUCGCCAGUCAUCCGCACCAUCAUCAACAACACGACCUUGAGCUCAGGCGCGCCUCUUCCUCCUCUUCUCCGCGUCGUAGCAACGAACCCAAAGACGACAAUCCCGUGUCUUCCGCCCAUCCGCACAAGAAACUCAAAAUGGAAGAAGCUGCUGCGGCCGCUGCAGCCGCUGCCGCUGCUGCCGGAUCUUCAACUGCUGUCGCCGUGGACGAUGAUGAUGAAGACGAUGAGGACGAUGAAGAGCAUCCGCAUCACCAUGGUUACGAUUACCAUCACGCGGAUGGAGUUUCCGCAGCGGCAGCUGCAGCCGCUUUCUCCGCUCACAACGGCAACAAUCGAAAUCAUGGUCCGACUGGUGACCAACAACAACAACAACACGCUAGUUACCCGUCCGAUGACGACGAUGAUGAUAACAUGGUGGACGAAGAAGAUGACAAUAGUCUGGCCAAUACAUCCACUGCGGGCGAUCACGAUCAGGGCGGCGAAUACGUUUGCAAUUUUUGCAACAAGAGUUUCUUGCGACCGACUUAUCUGAACGUGCAUCGGACGUACGGCUGCCCGGCCAAUCCGGACCGUUGCCGACCUCAGUGCCAUGUCUGCGGCAAAGACUUUUCGCAGCCGCAAAAGCUAAAGGCCCACAUCGAAGCCGAACACGCCGGCAGCGAUUUCGGACACUGCGAUGAUGGCUCCAACAUAAGCGGCGGCCUGUCGGGCGGCGGAGGAACGCAUCAUCCGUGUAAAGCCUGCCCGGCUGUCUUUACAUCGCGAGCCGCUCUAAGACGUCACCUGGGCGAAAUUCACGGGCAAGGGGCAUCGGGAACGUGCGUCUGCGACCAAUGCGGCAAACUCUUUCAAACGAAAUCGAAUUUGAAAAUCCACUUGUUGACUCACUCCGGAGUCAAACCGUUCAAGUGUCCCGAAACGGAAUGCGGAUUGGGGUUUUCAACGAAACAGUGUUUGCAGGUUCACUUGCGCAAAGCCCACGGUUUCAGUGAAGAUAAUAUGCCGACGGUGCAACGCAGCAUCCCUUACACGUUCGAUGCUUAUUCCGGUGGCGUCAUCAAGGACCCCGGCCGAGGCAAAUUGCCCGAUUUCCCGCCCACAACACCUACGCGAUUGCAGCAGCUGGAUCCUACCGGCCAGCAGGUGCUGUUCGAUACCGUUGAUGACGGUUCCAAUCCGCCUGGAACGCCAAGAGCUUCAUACCCAAUCCCCGAGAUGCCGCGUCGGGGUAGGAAACCCGGCUGGCGGAAGGCCAAUUCCGUUAAUGGUGGAGGGGGAGUGAGUGGAGGCCUAUCCUCUCAAAACACGAGUUUAUCGGACGAGAUUCUGCACAAAUUACGACACGAUAAGGAUAACGAUGUCCUGAAUUCCGGUCCUUUGCCAUCAUUUACUUCUUCAGCCGCAGCCGUUGUGGCCGAAUUGGCCAUUCAAAGUUUAGCAGCAGCGGCCGCAGCGGCAGCAGCUGCUGGUAAUGGCAGCUCCCCGCCGGAUCAUCAUGCUGAUCUCAAUUCUCCGGCUGGUGGAGGAGGUAGACAGCCGGUCAACUACCACAACAGCCCGGGACCGAUGCCCAUGACACCUGAACCACAAGCAAUGGCGCUCAAUUUAGCAGCUUCACGGAAUCAAAGUACGUACGGUGAGUCGAAUUAUCCACCGGCCAGUCCUUCCCCGUGGCAGCAACAACAACAACAUUUUGAUGAUAAUUAUCCAUCGUUGGCACGUCCACAAGCGGUCAGUGCGCGCGCAACUCCCGGACCUGGUCAGCAACAACAAACUCCAACAGCCUUUUAUCCUGAACGGCCAGCUAGUUGUUAUUCAUUCGAUGGGAAUCAACAACAACAGAAUUACAAUGCCGGACAACUUCUUCAACCUCCACCUACACCUGGAUCAAUGACGUACGGAUCCAGUAAUAAACUUCCACCGGCAUCGCCACAACAGCAACAACAACAACAAGAUCCUUCCCGAUGUGCGACGCCAUCAUUGAGCACAACCGAACCUUCGUUUGCCCGGUUCGCUGCCACAGCGGCCGCGGCUGCAGCGGCUGCUGCUGCGGCUGUAACGGGCUCAUCCGCUUCAUCCAGCCAACGUUGCCCACCGACUUCAACGAGUCCCGGAUCAGCUUCCACUGCUGGAGCGGGCAGCACAACAACGACUUCAUCUUCUUCCUCAUCGACGAGUGGCGGAACGAACCCGUAUCCAAGUCCGGCGCCCAGUCCGGGAUAUGCUUCCGUCACUUCGCGCGUCUUCUCCGGCAGUUAUGGUCUCCAAAACUGGGGAAAUGUCAACAUGCAGGGUCUGUCCGGCUACUCGCAAACGUAUCCGCUCCCACCGCCGUCUCCCUACCCACGUAAUCCGUACGGCGGUUACUAUUGAAAUCUGGACGAAAUUGCAUAUUCCAAAAUUUAAUUUCGCCAAUUUGCCAAAAAAAAUUUUUUGACGUACCCGGGAUGUCGCCAUUUAGCGCGCCAUUUUUUGAAAACAUUAUCGUGUGGGUUUUGUUUUCAAUUUAAAAAAAGAGCUGUAUACACUCUAGUUGUGUUUUAUCACUUUUGUGCGUGAGCCCAACGGCUUCCCCCGUUUUUUUUUUUCAAUCUUUUGACGGCAUGUUUUGUUUUUUGUUGUUGAAUGAAGUGGCAAUCUUCCCGUUUCUUUUUUAGAGAGAAAGAAAAUUAAUUUUUUGGAUAGUUUUUUUUUGUUUGUUUUUAUAUUUAAAAAAAAAAAUAUGAAGAAAAAAUUUGUUGCUUGUAGCUGUUGUUUGGAAAUCUUAUCGAAAUACUCUCUUUAAAAAAACACCCACUUUUCAAUUUGUUUAAUCUCGAUACCCGUGUGUUUGGAUUGUUUUUUUUUAUGGAUGAGAAUCUCCCCCUCAUUGAUUGAUUGAUCUUUUUUUUUAUUUGUUUUGAAAAAUGAAUGUUUUUCUUUUAAAAAAAACCGGUACGUGUUGGACGUUUAUAACCGUGAAAAAUGUUGUUUAUUCAUUUUUUUAUUUUUCAAUCAGUUUCCAGGAAGGAAAACCCCCGUGUUUUUUUUUUUUCUUUUGUUAACACAAAAAAAAAAUUAUUCUUUUUUGUUUCAAGUUUUUUUAUUAUAAUUUUCAAUUCUUUUAACCAUACCAAAACAAAAAAAAAACCGCCCCCUUCUGUGUGAGUGUUUGUGUGUCACGUUCGUCCGGAUUUCUUGUUUUCUGUAUGUGUGUAUCUCGCGGUGCGUGAGUUUUAUUUCUUAUUUCAGCUUCCACACAUUUUUAUUUUUGUUUCUUUAAAACUCGCCAAAACAUCGCCAAAAACGAGGAAA